AUGGUUCAAACCACAAUUGCUAAUUGUAGCAACUCUUCGUCAUCGAGCAUCUACUCCGAAAAUGAAGAUUUCCUUCAUAAUUUUGAUUUCAAAAGUAUUGCUGAUCUCAAACAAGUACAUCAGGAAAAAACUUUAAUUGUUGUCGGUACGAUUAAGCAACUAUGUGUUGAAGGGGAAUGGUAUUGUUUUACUUGUAUUAGAUGUCAACAAAAAGUCGUGAGACAAAUUUUAAUGCAUCAAGAUCAGUCUCAAGAUAAAGAAGUUUUUUAUUGUAACACUUCAAGCUGCAUAAACAAAGUCAUUUCUGUUGUUCCCAGUUUUAAAAUCACCAUUAAAGUUGAAGAUAUUACCGGUUCAGCGUCACUUACUUUAUAUGAUUCUGACGUAAAUAAGCUUAUAAGAAAAAACGCACAAGAGUUGGUUCAUGAGUUCCAUAAGUUAUCGUUAUUGACCUCUGAACUAAUUAUUGAAAUUCUUUCACGAACAUCAUUACAAACAUUUGCUACUGUACGUUGUACAAAUACAUAUUAUGGAAAUCUAACAUACAACAACUAUGUUCUUCAUAACUACAACCGUAGAAAUAAUGUGGUUUGUGGAAUUAUCGUUCAACAAAAAAAACCAUGGAAAAAUAUAGAGCGUCAGUUUCUUCCGUCUUUUGGUAGCAACAAUCAUGACAUUGAUUGGCUACCACAUACUUGUACUAUUUUAGCAUCAUCAUUGUGUGGACUCCUUCUUUAUGAAUGCUAUGAUCCAGAUGAAUACGUUUCGAAGAUUUUAUUUGUUAUAAAACCAACGACUUCAGAUGCCAAAUGGAUACCGUUUCCGACCUCUGAAUACACUGCAACAAACUUUGCUUUGGUAGUUAUCAGUUCGAACCCGUUACAUUUCAAGGUCAUUCGAUUGUCAUACACAAAGCCAUCUGAUAUGCUUACGGAAAAAGUGGACUAUGAUUACUACAACAUAGAAUUGUUUUCAUCUACUACGUGGCAAUGGAGGGAGUUUCAAAAUAUCCAGUUACCAUCAUUUGUUUAUCCUGUCUCUGAUGAGGCUGUUACAAGUGGCGGUGCCUUAUACUUCUUAUUAUCUAAUGAUAGCGUACUGCGAUUUGAUAUUUAUUCAGAAGAACAUAUACUCAUAUUUUCACCUUCUACUAUUAAUGAAUUAAAACCAUAUGCAUCGAGACUAAUCAACUUUCAGGGAAAAUUAGGAUAUCUCUCUAUAAGUGGAGAUACUUCGUGGGCUAUUUGGAUUUUCAUUCACAAUCGGUGGGUUAAAGUAGAUGAUAGUACUUACAAUGAAAGUGCACAUGAAUGGUGGAAUUAUAGAAACAAUACCCUAUAUUUCUUUAGAGGAAAUACAAUUGAGUAUGAGGUUCCGGCACAUCAUUCUCAACAAGUUUUUUCAAUCCGUUCUGAUUUUGAUACAGUGACUAUGCCAGGUCGAUAUUACUGA